UAUCGCUUAGAGCUUUUAGUCAAUAUUUUCGGACAUCGCAUUACAUUAUAACGUAAACCGAUCUAUUUCCGUAAUAGCACAGUGAUAAAUUAUAUCGUAGGAAGAUUUUUGAAGAAUUUACGUUCGCUUUAACAGUAUCGUUUAAAGAUAUAUAACUGUAUAUAGAUAUAUAGCAGUAUUGAUUAGCCGAUCCUUCUAAUAACACUGGCAGUUUUAAGAUAUGGCAACACCAAGGCUGAAUACAAAUAUUGUCCUCGGCACAAUCGUCCUAUUGUCGUGGACAUCAAUUGCGCAAUGCAUUGAUUGCUUCAAAUGCGUAUCCAUGAACGGUCGCUUCCCGGCCUGCGAUGAUCCCUUCCACAACAACCACUCCCUGAACAUGCUGGAGUCCCCCUGCAUGGGUGGCAGGAAGGGUAGAGACGGGUUAUUUCCAGCCACCUCUUGUAUUAAAAUAGCUGGUGUUUUUGAUGACACCGGUGAAACGAUAACCGUGAGGGGGUGUGGUCUAGACUCCGGUACUGCCACCACCGACACUGAGAUCAUCCGCAUGUCUCACUGUGGUCGAUUUUAUUAUAAUGACAGAUACGUCCACGGCUGUCUUCAGAGUUGUAAUGACGCGGAUGCUUGCAACACCUCGCACAGAACGUCUGUCCCAGCGACAUUUCUAAUGACAUACGUCAUCACGGUGUUGCUAUCGCACGCCGUGACGAGCUAACAUAGAUUAUAAAUUUAAAAAAAAAACACACCUUAGAGCAGCUUGGCUUAGUAAUUUUGUAAUUUUACAUGCUAAGUAGGAUAAUAAAAAUAUAUAAUACAAAUGUCAUAUAUUUAACUCAGAGGUGGAUCAUUUUGGUGACAGUCUCCAUUACAAACGGCGUACCUUUAUAAAACCUGUUUACUCAGACUAAUUCCGAGUAAUACUUUAAUAGUACAAGUCUGCACUUACAACUUAAAGAUAUCCUUCCUGAUACACUCGGGUGUAUCAGCACACUCUGUAAUUCCGUUAGAAUAUCAGCACCUUACCAACACUUCAUACCUAUAUAACCUUCCGAGCGAAAUCGAACAUCCCAGCUAGUGACGUCAUGCAAACGAGCAGAAGCGCUCUCCUACCGACCGCGUCUUAAUUUCAGAGCCGGAGAUACACACUCACCUUGCCACUGGCAAGAAGAGGCUAUACGAACCAAAGACAAUUACACCAGCAACAUAAAAAAGGGCGAAAUUAAUUUUAUUUUCAAUUGUAAUUUAAAUUAGCAUCAUAGAGUCGAGUUGAAUUCAGAUUUGUUUUUAAAAGAAUAUGUCUUUCAUAUACCAGGCUAAAG